AUUUGUUCCCACUGAAGGAGAAUGAAGUCCAGGACCUGUUGGAGCAGAGCAACCACUUCAACCUGCAGUUGAUCAACCAACACCAGGUCCAGCAACAUGACAAGGUGAAGUCGCACUAUGCCCAGCUGGAGGAAGCCCUUGGUGUUGUGACGCAGGAGAGAGAUUUCGCCGUGCGGCAGAGGAACCAGCUCCGAGUCAAACUGGAGAACCUAGAGCAGGUGCUCAAGCAUAUGCGCGAGGCGGCAGAGCGGCGGCAGCAGCUAGAGUUGGAGCAUGAGCAGGCGUUGGCUGUACUCAAUGCAAAGCAGCAGGAGAUUGACCUUCUCCAGAAGGCUCCGAUUGAGGCUAAAAAGGAACAUGAAGGCGCCGUCCAUCUGUUAGAGAACCACUUGGACAGCAUGCAGGCCAAAGUGCGAGAGCUGGAGGAGAAAUGUCGGAGCCAGAGCGAGCAGUUCAACCUCCUCUCCAAGGAGCUGGAGAAAUUCCGACUCCAGGCCGGGAAGUUCGACAUCCUCGGCACGGACGCCCUGACCAUCUGCGACUCCCCCGGGUCUCCCGGCAAGACCCUGACGCAGCUCCUGAACGGACUGGCCGGCCCCUUAGGAAAAGGCACCGAAACUCCGACGAUGAGCAGAUCUCUGAUAUCGGAGUUCAUCCGACCGCUGCAGAGUCUCGGCGGGGACAAACCGGAGCUCCUGUCCGUCAAGCCCACGUUCCUCAGCCGCGCGGCCGCCGGCGUCACGGCCCGGGCGUUCCUCUCCGAGAUGGACAAAGGGCUGAGCCCCGCCAGGUCGAAACCCAGAUAUACCGGGAAGGUGCGACUGUGUAUCGCCCGGUACAGUUACAAUCCGUACGACGGCCCGAACGAGCACCCGGAGGCGGAGCUCCCCCUGGUGGCGGGGAAGUACCUGUACACCUACGGGACGAUGGACGAGGACGGCUUCUACGAAGGUGAGCUGCUGAGUGGACAACGGGGUCUCGUCCCGUCCAACUUUGUGGAUUUCGUCCACGACGAGGACGCGUCCUGCGUCCAGUACCGAGACCCGGUGAUCGAACAACUACCUGGCUACCUCAACCACAGUAGCACGGGGCCUCAGAGGUCAGGGUCAGGGGUCAGCGGCGUGGGCCUCGACCCGCCGGGCUCCUCCAGCAACGGGACGGGGCCGGGGACGUUGGACGUCAACAUCGACGAGGUCGGCGAAGACAUCGUGCCUUACCCCCGCCGCAUCACCCUGAUCAAACAGUUGGCCAAGAGCGUCAUCAUUGGCUGGGACCCCCCCGCCGUCCCCCCCGGCUGGGGGUCCAUCAGCGGCUACAACGUCCUGGUGAACAACGAGGUCCGCAUGAGCGUCCCCUACGGGGGCCGGACAAAGUCGCUCCUGGAGAAGCUCGACCUGAGCGCCGACACCUACCGCAUCUCGGUGCAGAGCGUCACCGCGCGGGGCCCGUCGGACGAGCUGCGCUGCACCCUGCUGGUGGGGAAGGACGCGGCGGUGGCGCCGAGCCGCCUGAGGGUGGACGGCGUCACGCAGGCCACGGCCGAGCUCUCGUGGACGCCCAGCAACAGCAACUACGCUCACGCCGUGUUCCUCGACGGCGCCGAGUACGACGCCGUCCGGGCCGGCGGCUACAGGUACACGUUCUUCAACCUGAGGCCCGCGGCGGCGCACAAGGUCACGGUGGCGGCGCGGCCGCACCAGGUGCCCUGGCAGCUGCCGGCGGAGCAGCGAGCCAAGAGGGAGGUCAGCGUGGAGUUCUGCACGCUGCCGGCAGGGCCCCCCCUCCCUCCUCAGGACGUGCAGGUCCUGUGCGGUCAGUCUCCCGGGUUCCUGCAGGUCAGGUGGAAGCCGCCGGCGCUGACGUCGACGGGAACCUCCAACGGCGCCAACGUGAUCGGCUACGCCGUGUGCACUAAAGGACAAAAGAUCGCCGAGGUCCUGUUCCCCACCGCGGACUACGUGACCGUGGAGCUCAACCGGAUCCAGUGUCUGGAGGCCCGGGAGGUGAUCGUGAGGACGCUGUCCACGCAGGGAGACUCCCAGGACUCGCCCUCGGCCGCCAUCCCGCACCACCUGCUGGGCUCGCCGCGCCUCUCCCACAGAACCCCCGCCAACGCCAACGCCCUCAUGUCCCACCCUCCUUACCCCUCCACGUACCCCCCCAACCACCCGCAGCCCCAGAUGCAGACCGGGCCCCAAGUCCAGGUCCACAGUCUACCGCACUCGCAGCGACACUCGCAGCCCGUCGUCGUACACGUUCACCCUCCUCCUCCUCCGCCUCCUCCUCCUCCUCCUCCUCCGCAGCAACCGCCGCAGCCUCACUUCCAGCGCCAUCUACCCAAAACCAAGCAGUUCGCAAGUGCCAGAGAGCUGGAAACCAGGGAGCACGAGGGAGCCAAGCCCUGGGAGCGCGCCCCGUCGCCGCUGCCCCCCAUGUGCGGGUCCAACCUGGAGCCGCCGCCGCCGCCGCACUUCCAGGCGCGGCGGUCGCCCUCACCUAAGAGGAUCCUGCCGCAGCCUCAGGGAGUCCCCAUCCCCAACACCAUCGCCAAGGCCAUGGCCAGGGAAGCUGCCCAGAGGGCGUUCGGCGAGGCUAACCGGGCGGAGAAGAGAAACAUUUUCAGCCAACGAGGGAACGCGCUGCACCCGCCCAACUCCGACGACGAGGAGGAGGAGGAGGACGACAGCUACGACUCAUCGCGCGCGGGAAGGAAAGGCACCUCCGUGGACGACUUCCUCCGAGGUUCGGAGCUGAGCAGACAGCACCAUCACCCCCACCUUCAACACCCCCAGCACUACGCCCCCUACAGCCAGAGCGAGGAGUACUACACGGAGAGCAGCCGGGGCUCGGACCUGUCCGACAUCAUGGAGGAGGACGAGGAGGACCUCUACGCCGAGAUGCAGCUGGAGGAAGGUCGCAGACGCAGCGUCAACUCGCACAGCGCGCUAAAGGCUUAUUACAAACGUCAAGACCUAGCCGAGGACAGGGACAGCUGGGACCUCCAGAGAGAAGUGGUGAAGCAGCGGUCGCUCGGCGCCGAGCGUCUCCACAGCAUCCCCGAGGUGGAGGAGGAGUCCGACGGCGUCAACGGCGCCGGUCACCAGCACCCGUCCUUCCAGGACGGCAGGCGUCCGGGGACGCCGCACGCCCAGAGGAGGAAGCACCCGGGAGACGACCGCGGCGGAGGCCAAGGCUCCGGGAAGACCUGCCACCUGAGGCGCCAGCGCUCCACGCCUCGCUUCGCCGAUUACCGCUACUACUACGCCGCCGAUCACGAUCUGGGCCGCCCCAACCGCCAGAACACCAAGAGUCCGGACAGCGGGUUAGACUGCGGUAGCGAAGAGGAGGGCUCUCUGGGCUACUACGCCCACGGGAGCGCCGCGCAGGGACACGUGCGCGUCAUCCACUGCGAGGGCCCGGUAGAGCGGCGAGCGCUCGCCAUGGGCCGCAGGAGAACGCUGACCCGGCAGUGCAGCGUGGAGGAAGAGUUCUCCGACGACUUGGCGGCGGCGGCGGCUAAGUCGGAACGCACGGGCGACUUUAGGAUCAGGCGGCACCUCGCGCCGCCGCCACAGGGCUACCGCAGGGACGCGGCGCGGAGCGAAGGCCGACUGAACGAGCCGGAGCCGGCCUAUCACGGCCCGUCCAGGGAGGCUAAGGCCCAGUCAAUGUCCAGGCUGGACCGGGACCAGCAACUGGUGUGUGACCCCGCCCCCUCUCUCUCUCUGCCGACAAACGAAAACCACAUCAGCUCGCGCCUGUUUGGGGUUUUCCUCUUUGUCAACGGACCGUACGGCUACGGCGGCGGCGGCAGUCGCAGGCACGGGCGGGGCCGGCGUUCGCCGGACUACUACGAGGAGUCGGAGCCGGAGCCGGAGCCGGAGCCGGAGGAGCUGACCCGCGUGUUUGUGGCUCUGUUUGACUACGACCCCCUGUCGAUGUCCCCCAACCCUGACGCCGCCGAUGAGGAGCUGCCGUUCAAGGAGGGCCAGAUCAUCAAGGUGUUUGGACGGAAAGACACGGACGGCUUCUACAGGGCGAAGAUCAGGGACCGCGUGGGUCUGAUCCCCUGCAACAUGGUUUCCGAGAUCCAAACGGAGGACGACGACAUGAUGGAGCAGCUCUUCCAUCAGGGCUUCCUGCCGCUCAACACUCCUGUGGAGAAAUUAGAGAGAAACAGACGCAGCGGGCGUCAGUACCCGGCGUCCACGCGGAGGAUGAUCGCUCUGUACGACUACGACCCCAGGGAGAGUUCGCCUAACGUUGACGUAGAGUCUGAACUGACGUUCUGCGCCGGCGACGUCAUCACCGUUGUUGGCGAAAUCGACGAAGACGGAUUUUACUACGGCGAGCUCAACGGACACAAGGGACUGAUUCCUUCCAACUUUCUCGAAGAAGUGCCUGAUGACGUGGAUGUUUUCCUCACCGACUCGCCGUCUCGAUAUCCCCGGGACAAUCCUGGAGCCAUGAAGACCAAAAGGGUACACGCGCCUUUGCAGUACUAGCUAGCUAG